UCCAACUUGUCAGUCGUUUGGCGCGUUUCUUGGUGAAAGCAAGUUUUCUGGCUCCUGACUGCUGAAGGUCUGGUGGUGGUUCUUGGAAAUUGUUAGGCGACCGUGACAAUUGAUACUGUGUGCGGCAAUUGACUAAUUCGGCGGUUUUUGGCGGUUGAUAAUUUGCGGUUAGGCGCCCAGUGGUGGUUCAUUAAAAGAUUUGGCGACAGUUUGACGCAAAUUCGUAUGGCUGGAAGAAGGCUCAUCAAUCAAUUUUUUUGCUUUCUUUGUUAACUAGAACGGCUGACAUCCGUGCUUUCAAUUUCGCAAACUAAAUUGGCAGUGAAAUUGCCCCUCAAGUGGAUGAUAUUCCUCUUCAUUUGUGUAGGAGUGCAGCAAAUUUUCGAAACAGAACAAGCCCUUUGGUUAGGCCUCCGGGUUCAGGUUUACCGCAGACUAAUUGAAUUAGUUUGCCUCGGGAAGUUGUAGCAGUUGGGCAACAGUUGGGCACGUAAAAAAGUUCGGUGUCCUUUCGGGUGUAAAAUUCCAGUGAUUUUGGUAUCCCCAAGAACCUGUAAAAGUGUUUUUUUACUUCGCCGGAGGGUGUCCACCCCGAAUAUUUUUAUUAAUAUUUUUCGAAGAAACCCAUCUUGUGGCGGCCGGCGGCCGUUUUCAAAAGUGAAUAACCACCUAAAAAUAGCGCCACCGUCUCUUGAGAUUUCAAAAUAUAACCUCUCUUGGUGUCGGCCAAGUGGAUGCGGGAAACGGCCAAGAAGUGUUGAGUCUGUGCGCCAUUAGGAAAAAAAAGUUUGUGUGCUCCAUAAGCAGCCAGUCCUACAAUCCGGAGAAGUGGCUAGGAGAAGCGUCGAACCACUUGUCCUGUUGUCAUUAGGGUUCUCGUCGUUUGUACACCCACAAUUUCAAUGACCGACUAGCUCUAGAGAGAAGAUUUCUCCUUUCAACCCAGAAGAAGAAACAUUAUUGGUGAAGUGUUUGCCCUCUCGAAGAAAAAAAAAGCAAACCCACGAGCCGGCGGCAGAUAUUUUUCACCAAAGGAAAGUGCAAUCCCCGGUUAUUCUAAGUCGCGUGUGACGUGCGGCGGCAGCUGUUUUGAUCACAUUCACAACACCUCUGAGGAAGGGUACACACCGAGAAAUUCCGGAACAGAAAUAUGGCCCAGGAACAAGCAAAACUCGAUGUCAGCAAACAGGCCGUCACACCGGAUGACCUGGACGAUCUGAGUCCGAUGCCACAGACGGCGGUUCCACCUGUGAGGAGACGCGGCGGCAUUUCGGCGGAACCGGUCAGCGAGGAGGAUGCCACCAGCUACGUCAAGAAGGUGGUCCCCAAGGAUUACAAAACGAUGGCCGCCCUGUCGAAGGCGAUCGCCAAAAAUGUGCUGUUUUCCCACCUGGACGAGAACGAACGGUCCGACAUCUUCGAUGCGAUGUUUCCGUGCAACUUUCUGCCCGCGGAGUCGAUUAUCCAGCAGGGCGACGAGGGCGACAACUUCUACGUGAUCGAUAUCGGCGAGGUUGAGGUCUUUGUCAAUAACGAACAGGUGACGACAAUCGGCGAGGGCGGUAGUUUCGGCGAGCUGGCCCUCAUCUACGGGACCCCUCGAGCGGCAACGGUUCGGGCCAAAACCGACGUCAAACUGUGGGGCAUCGAUCGCGAUAGCUAUCGGCGGAUCCUGAUGGGUUCCACCAUCCGGAAGCGGAAGAUGUACGAAGAGUUCCUUUCACGGGUGUCGAUUUUGGAGAGCUUAGACAAAUGGGAACGGCUGACGGUGGCGGACGCAUUGGAACCGGUCAUAUUCGAGGAUGGGGAAACGAUCGUGCGGCAGGGUGAACCGGGCAACGAUUUUUACAUUAUUGUGGAAGGUUGCGCCACCGUGAGGCAAAAACGGGAUGAGAACGAAGAACCCGCCGAGGUGGGCCGCCUGGGGCCCAGCGACUAUUUCGGGGAGAUCGCGCUGCUGCUGGAUCGCCCCCGUGCCGCCACCGUCAUCGCCCGCGGACCGCUCAAAUGUGUCAAACUGGACCGGGCCCGGUUCGAGCGAGUCCUGGGCCUUUGCGCUGACAUUCUCAAACGAAACAUCACCCAGUACAACAGCUUCGUUUCGCUAUCGGUCUAAAGAAGGAUUUUUUUUUCUAUUUAUGAAAAAUUAUUUUCGCGGAUUUGUGAUUCAAAUGGAAGCCGGCUUCUCUUUUAUUGAAAGGAUUUUGGGGAACAGAAACUGGCGAGUGAAAGAAUCGAAGUUAUAUUUUACUAGAAAACCGGAACCGACAAUUGAGGCUUGCAAGGGGAGCCAAUCUUUAGCCUAGGCAAAGGUCAGCACUAUUUUAGGGAAGUCAGCAGAUUUUGGAUGCGGCUCUUAUCCGAAUAAGUUUGCGAACAUCUAAUAAGUUAUCACCACCACACGUUUACUUAAUUAUAUAGGCCUUAAGCAACUGCUAGCACACACAUAAACACACACUAAUAAAGAAAAAAAAACACUUUUUUAAAUGUUCAUUACAAAAUACUGUUCAUCUCGCCACUCAUCGUCCAGCCUGAGAGAAAUAUAUAUACCUAAUAAAAGAAAAUUAAUUAUAGAAGUCAAAAUAAUAGGGAAAACAUGCGCAAAUGAACAAAAAAAAACUGAGCAUUGUUAGAACGUAUAAAAAAUAUAAGUAUAUUAAAGAAACUAAUGAUGGCAUCAACAAAUUUGAAACUUUAGAACGAGCUGUUAUUUUAUUCUCUCAUCGUAAUGUUAUUAGUGUACAACCUGUGAAAAACAAUGAAACGGAUUCUCACUAUCACACUUUCUCUCACAAGAAUGAUCAAAUGCAAUCCCCAGAAGAAAAAAAAAAUUCGGAUAAAAUGUGAACAUGUCUUUUAGUAGUCUUUUACAACUUGAUACAAUUUAAUACAAUGAGGAGGAAGCAAAAAGAAAAACUUCGGAGAAGAACAGCUCUAUCAGAUGAAAAGAAAACCAGAAGUGCGAUGAAGGACGAUUAGUUAGAUAUCUUUUUCUCUUUAUACAUCAAACAAAACCAUAAUUGUACUGCUAAUAUAUAUAGUUGAUAUGGGAGGUGAUGAGAAAUGAUGAUCGAAGUUGGUGUCUUUCCUGUCUGGAAGAAACGAAACUGUUUGUAAUCCUAUGUAAGUGUUAUGGAAAAUUAAGAAACAGAAACAAUGACAUAUGAUUUUAUUUUAAACACGGCUAGGUUUUGUCCGACCUCUUUUGAGUAACAUAAACCAAUUUUUAUUCAUUCUUCUAUUUUCAAAAUAUUUUCAAUACAGUCACAUUUAAAAUUUUCUCCUUAACGGCCAAAUUUGCAAUUUUUUUUCAUCUCACCUGUGAUUCAGUAGUUUGGCUUAAAUGAAUUCCACAGCUCAACGGGAUUUGAUUGACAUAUUUAAGAAUUAUUAGCCACAAUUGAAUUGGCCGUCAAAGUGUUACACUAGGCAUUCGAAACGGAAAGGAUAACAAAACAACUUAGACAAGAAGACAAGGAAGCAUACAAUCCGGCGAAAUGGAAAACAGAACGAACAGAGUUGACUCUUUCAUGCUACAAAAGGCUGGACCUUUAACAAUUAUAUUUAUAUAGUAACAAAUGUUUAGUUUAAGAUAUUUAAUUCUUAUAUUUACUACUAACACCCAGAGCAGUGUAGUGCAGUUACUGAAUUGGGGAAAGUUAUCGUUAGUUUCUGCUUUCGCUGCUUCCCUUUCGGAUCAUGGCGUUUGUAGAAACCGUUUGUUACUUUCAAUUGCAUCCUUGAAUAUCAGAUUUUUCGUGUUUUGGAAAUUGCGUAAGGUGCCUCGAAAAGAUGUCGGAUGUAAAUUUUGAGAAAAACGUACAUAGCAUCAGAUCAAAACAAUUCACCGACUAUUCAAACUUAGUGAACCCACCUCUUAUCAUUCAAAUCAAGUUAAAAUUCCAUCUUUUUCUCUCUUCUUCUGAUGAAGGUAGCCAAAUUAGGAGACACAGUUUAACAAAGUAAUUUCUCCCUUGUGUAGUGAAUGGUUCUAACAAAAAAAAUCAACAACAUCUUACUAGAGAAACUUCAAAUUUCAAAUCGUAGGAGGUACCAUUGUACCGUUUUUACAAGUAUUAGCCACAGAUAGGAACGAUGCUUUUGAGCGGAACGGAACAAAACAAAACAAAAAAAUCUUAAGUAGAAGUUUACAGUUGAAUUUCGCUUAUCAUCUUUGAAACUGAAUGAAAACCGAGUCAAAAUUUAUCAAACAGCUACCAGUAGCAUUUUUGAACCGAUAAGUUUCUCUCAUUGGCAGCAAACUUUUGUGUAAGCGCGCGCUCAUUUACAUGUAGACUAAGAUUAACAACAGCUAGUAACAAGUAACUGCAUGUUCGCAAAGUACUAUAUUAUUAUUAUUACUAUUAUAAUUAUGAUUAUUAUUUAACAAAAUUUGCUAAAUCAUCAACCAAACCCACAUUCUACUUUUUGGAGUAUGAUUAGGAUGACGGACAAAAUAGAUGAAAAGAAGGGAGUUUGUUGAAUGGGGUGAAAAAAGAAUGCAACAUAAAAAUCAGACAAAACAACCGCAAACAUCGUUUAUAAACUCUUUACUCUUAGGUUCUCUCUAAGGUGAAAACAAGAAUAAAAAAUGGAUCAUACCGA